AGGCCAAUGACUCUUUCCCCCUGUGUCACUACAGCUGGAAUUUUCUUUUAACCUGCGUCUGUGUCACUCUCAGUUCCAUCUUUCUACUCUCUACCAAAAGUACCUCUCAAUUCUCUAAUUGACCAUUCCAAUCUUCAUAAUCAUCAUGAAGCUCACAACCGGCAUCAUCUCUGGACUCGCUCUGUGCGUUGUCAAUGCCGCUGCGCAGGACCUUAGUUCUCUGCCCCCUUGUGCUAAAAGCUGCGCUACCAAUGCUAUGCCUGCCUCUUGCGGUCUAGACGUCAAGUGUAUCUGCAGUGCUGAAUCCUUUAUUACCUCUGUCUCCUGCUGUGUUGCCAAAGUCUGUGACCAAGCCGACCAACAAACAACCCUCCAGUUCGCAGAACAACUCUGUGCCGGCGCCGGAGUCACAAAUCUUCCCAGCGCCGCCGGUUGUUCCAGCACUGCUUCGGCUACCUCCACUGCUGAUGCUGCAUCUGCCACCUCGUCCAAGACUACCGCUGCAUCCUCUGCCGUGACUUCUGCACCCACUUCGGCUUCUGUGGCGAGCUCCGCGACUUCCUCCAAGACUACUACUGGUUCGGCAUCCGCUGCGUCGACAACCCAUACUGGAGCUGCUAGUGCCGUGGCAAAGGGUAAUGGUGUUGCAGCUGCGGGUGCUGGUGCUGCGGCUAUUUUGGCAAUGUGUUUUGUCUAGGUCCUGUUGUACACUUGCGUCAUGUACAACAUUCUGGCUUUGUCGUGUAGUCUCAACUGUCAUAAUUAGCUAAUCGUGAAUUGAGGUGUUGAAAGUUU